GCCGUUGUAAAGACGCACAUAAACACUGGAUAUACAUUCGGUAUUUACAUAUUUACACUUUAAAAGACGGUUAUUAUGAUGCAAAAAUGAAGUUUAUUCGCAACAGAGCCUUUAUAUGAAAUGUUAGACAUGUUUGUUGACUUAAAUCCGGUGUUUUUUAUUGAAAUCUGUGAGGCGGAAGUGAGGAGAAUACAAUAACACGUUGCUUAUGCGCAUAUUUUACACUAUUUUGGCCGGUGUCUCUUCAUGUUUUGAAUUUUGAGUUGUUUAUACGGAUUUUAAAAGGCAAUAAUGAAGGUUUUAGAGAGAAAUGUGGUUCGUCUCGCGGUCGUUCAACAUCUUCGGGCCGUUUAUGGAUUGAAAAUAAAAAAUUGGAAUAAAAACAGGAGCAAACAGACACCAGUGAACACGGUGAGGGUGUUUGGGGUUGCACUCGAAAGUCUGCCACACUGUCAUGUGCUGGACUAUGGAGACAUACCCUGCUUUAUAGUAGAUGUUUGUUCGUGCCUCAUGGAGCAUUUGGACACAGAGGGCCUCUUCAGAAAAUCAGGCUCUGUUGUUCGGGUCAAGACCCUCCGGGGCAAACUGGACCAGGGUGAGGACUGUCUGGCCACUGCUCUGCCGCUGGACAUCGCUGGACUUCUGAAACAGUUUUUCAGGGAGCUUCCCGAGCCGGUUCUGACCGUAGAUCUGCACAGCGCUUUCCUGAAGGCCCAGGAGCUGCCCACCGAAGAGGAGAGGACCUCAACCACGGUUCUGCUGUCCUGUGUGCUGCCCGACAGGAAUUUAAACACGCUGCGCUAUUUCUGCAGUUUCCUGAAGAGUGUCUCUCAACGCUGUGCUGAGAAUAAGAUGGACAGCAGUAAUCUCUCAGUCAUCUUUGCACCGAAUCUCUUUCACUGUGGAGACGGCACGGAGAAACUGAGCAGCAGCACAGAGAAGAAACUCAAGCAUCAGACAGCCGCUGUGCAGUGUCUCAUAGACAACGCUCAACACUUAGGUGUGGUUCCUCAGUUCCUGAUGGAGAAGGUUCCAGCCAUGUUGGGUUGUGAUUUCGGGAUCUUCUCACCAUCUACAGUGUCUCUAGAGGAGAGCAAAACUCACUCUGACAUGAAGAAAAGCAACAUGCGCAGUUUAGGAGACGUGGUAAAUGGAGCUCUGAAUAAGUUUAAAACUAGUAGAACGCCAACAAAUACUCCUCAGUCUGACGGAGCAGUGUUCUCCACAGCGACUCCUGUCAUCAUGACUCCAAACACGAAGCGGAAACUUCCUGUGGAGUCGGCACGGACUCUCGGGUUCUCCAAUAAGAAACGGAGGUCUAUCAAGAAGAACCUCGGCCUGGAGCUGCUGCCAAACGCUCUGUUUGGAGGAACAUCUACACCAGGAUCAGCACACAGUGCAGGAGGGGUUCUGGACUCAUCUCACAACGGUUUUCUGUCUUCUGUGGGCAGAAACUCGCGUCUGUCCAGCAGUUCAGCGAGGAGGAAGUGCAAACGACUGAGAGAUCAGAGUGUGAGCAGAGUUGAAUCGGGGAAAGCAGGCUGUUUCUCUCCCAGAGUCCAAAAGAAAGAGCCCACGAGGAAAUCUCUGCGUCUGCGCUUCAGUCUGGGCAAAUCCAGCCGAGAGUCUGUGCCUCUAUUUCAACAGAACCUCAUUACACAUUCACAACUGGGGCCGAAGGGGUCAGAGGUCAUAGGGUGGCGCCUAGCAACACAAGAGAGCUGCACCGGUUUUAACUUCACCACAGAGUCUCCCUUUAGUCCGGCUGUUUUAAACAAGAGUCCCUCAAAAGGCUCCAAGUUUAUCAGUAAAUCUGAGGAUAACCUUCUGACCCCACAGUGUGAUUCUACAGACCCCAGGAGCGCGUGGAGUGGAGACGCUCCUGAUGCAGCGCCGACCUUCACCACAGACUCAUUCUCUGACACACCCGUGAGCGUAUGCCGCUCUGUGCCCGCCAUCGUUGUGAGCAAACCCCUCUGCUGUGCCUCGAACGAUAGCAGUGGCUCAGAUUCGUUCAACGAGGAGCGAACUCACACUGGGCCGAAUCUACUGACAGUGAAACGAGUUUUCGGCGAGUCCGCCAGUGAUCUUCGCAGCAUCAUUAAUGACCAGAGAGACAACCUUGAUACAACAUCUGAAGCGGUUGCUUCUGAGGUGGCCACAGAAACCUCACCCAAGUCAAUGGAAAGUUCUAGCAAGUGUAUUUUGGAUGAUCACAAUAUGACGUUUGGGCAGCUUGAGAUGGCUCCUUUGUCGCCUCUACACAUAGACAGCACUCUCUUUGAUACUGAGCCCAGAGAGCUGGCGGAGAUCACCCACAACGGCUGUCUUUGUCUUGAAAAUAAGAGGCUGUUCGAGGCUACGGCUCGUUCUGGAGAUUGCAGUCAACUUAUCGAUGCUUUAGACAUCCAAAGUCCUGUGGCCUUCCGACCGGACACGUCCAUCAGGGUUCAAUCGACCCCAUGCGCGACAAGAACGCAAACGGAAGUCAGUACGCCUCCGCCGCGUGAGCUCAAAGCGUCUACCUUGGGCGACUGUCCUCCAAAUCGAGACCUGCCGCAGAACUGCCCAAAUACCAAAAUGCGGCGAUUGAAAGUGGCCGACCAGAUUAAACGUUUCGACAUGUUGACGCUCACAUCACCCAAAGCCAAAGUGGUCCGAUCUCCUCUGAAGUUCCAGCGUACGCCCGUUCGGCAGUCCGUGAGGAGGAUAAACUCUUUGUUUGGAGACCGGAAAGACGCUAGGAUGGGCUGGUGUGCCAGUCAAAGCACCGCCGUGCCAAAGGCAGUGAGUUUAGAGAGCGGUUUGUGCACCUCAAAACCCAAACCUCCAGUUCCUCCCAAAAAACCCUGCGCCGUCAAACGUGCCACACUAGAAGACGUCACCAAUAGGGUACCAAAGGCAAAAGCGCUCUCAGCCAAUAAGAAUGCUCCAACUGACUACCCCAAAUCUCUCUGUCUUGAACUGGCCGAAAAAGAUUCAAGUCGCUAUCGAGGUUCACCCAAAAACCCGCUUUCAGAAGGAAGACUUUUGCCAGUGAUGAAACCCAUCGACCUGUAAGACUGGACAAAUGUCCAGGACGGAUCACCGGAACAUUAAUCAUUUCUUCUGCGGGUGCUUUCCUAAUUUGCAUCUCUUGUAUUCAAGGGUCUUAAUGUAUUUUUCUAGAGUGAGCGUUGAUUGAUUAAGAGCCCCGUCUGCAAUCGUCUACGUUCCUUUGUGUUCCUAACCUAACCCUAACCCUUUAUCCAUUCCUUACGAAAAUUAACCGUAAUUUUGUAGUAAAACCAAAGCAACCACUUAAUAUACCACAGUUUUACCAUCGUUAACCUAUGCUAGUUACUGUAAAACCACAGUAACCGCAAUUUACCACGAUUUUACUACAGUAAAUGCAUAAUUGUUUUUAAAAGAACGCUUCUUACCAUAAAAAUUGUUACUACAGUCAAAGUUACUGCCGUUUUACUAUAAGCAAACAUGGUUCAUUUACAUAUUGUGGCCAUUUUUUAUGGUAUUUGUACUACAAAUGUAAGUUGGUGUUACUAUAGUAACCGUGUUUUGUGGCAGAAUUAUUGUUUAUUUGGUGGUUUUGGUUUUCCUGUAUGAUAUAACUUUUAUCAUGAUUGUUAUGGUUAAAAUAUGGUUACUGUAGUAAAUCCUACAAAAUACCAUAGUUGAGUUUAUUGCCGUAGUAAAAUCAUGGUUAAUUUCCUUAAGCGAUGGAUGAUUGAGUUCGACUGAUAGUGGAUUUUGCCGAUGCGAUAACUAAGGUGGUGGGAAAUGCUCAUAACAGAUUAAUCGACUGAUUGUUUUUCAAAUAUAUUUAUAAAAUGUAAAAAAACGAAAACUUUCUUUAUUAUGGCGGGCAAAGACAAAGAUUCCAAAGUGAAUACAACUCCAGAUGCAGAUUUUUGUUCAACCAUUAUCCCGAUGAUAACCAGAAAACAUUAUUUGGGCAAGAUUUGGUGCACAAAGUGGGACUUUUAAGAAUGAACAAGCCCAAAACACUUCAGGGACUCUUAUUUUGAAAAGACUAAAUCAUGAAUAAACAAUCGGCUUCUAUCGACAUUGAUUUUUGCUGAUAACCGAUAGUUCUAAAAGGCAACUAUCGGCACCGAUUAAUCGGUGAAACCAAUAUAACGUUCUACCUUUAUUGGAGGUAGUGGCUUUUUUUUUAUCAAUUAAUUUGUAAAACCGAUAUAUAAAAAAAGAAACUAUCGGCACUGAAUAAUCGUGCUGAUAUUUGCUUUUUACUGAUGAAUUUGUAAAACCUAUAUAUCGGUCUCUAAUGGAGGUAGUUUAUGUUAUUAACAGAUUAAUCAGUGCUGAUAGUUGCUUUUACAGAUUAAUCAUAAAACCGAUAUAUCAGUCUCUCUCUAAUGGAGGUAGUUUAUGUUUUUAACACAUUAAUCAGUGCCGAUAGUUGCUUUUUUUAACUGGUUAAUCUGUAAAACCGAUAUAUCAGUCUCUCUCUAAUGGAGGUAGUUUAUGUUUUUAACACAUUAAUCAGUGCCGAUAGUUGCUUUUUUUAACUGGUUAAUCUGUAAAACCGAUAUAUCGGUCUCCCUCUAAUGGAGGAAAUGUAUGUUUUUAACAGAUGAGUCCGUUCCGAUAUUUGCUUUUUACCAAUAUAACCGGUCUCUAAUGGAGGUAGUUGCUUUUUUACUGAUUAAUGAGUGGCGAUAGUUGGCCAAACAUUCAUACCGAUAGUUUUUUGUAUAUUCCUCCGUGUUCCUCUUUGGCCUCUAGAGGUGAAAUAAAAACACUCACCGAUAGACAAUAUUCAUCCAUAUUUUUAUUCUUCAAUGUAAUUUGGUUAUUUUGGUUAGAUAACUGUUUUGAUAAGGGCUUGUACAAACUUCCACUUUUUUUCUGGUUAUUAUUGAUAAUUUGGUUUCACAAUAAACAGCAUCUGGGAUUUUAUAAAUGUUGUAGUCUUGUAGGUUCUAUGUCUGUGCCCAUCAUUGUAAGGAAAGGCUAAGAACGUGUUUUAACAUUGUAUACAUUUAUUUUAAAAACUAUCGCCCGAUUAAUCUGUCAUCUGCCUUUUCCAUCCCCUCAGUUAUCGUAUGGGUAAAAUCCACAAUCGGUCGGCCUCUAAUGGAUAAAGCUAUAGGAAGGGAACUCAAAACUAUAUGUGAAGGUAAUCAAAUUAUUAUUUUUGGGGCUCCGUAAAGAGGUGAAUAUUCUGAUAUUUUAGUCAAAUGAUCGAGUGAAAAUGGAUGUCUGUACGUUAGAUUGGUUAUUUUGGGGGGGAGUGUCUUAUUUACCUUUUUAUUUAUAUUUUAUGCAAAACUUCUUGUGAAGGCCUUAAAGACCACGUUCUCAUGGAAAUAUAUGAAGAUGUCAAACAGUGUUCUAGUCGUAUGUCAUAUCCUCACUGCUGUCUUUAUUUUCGGUCAUUUGUAAACAUGUGUUUCUUAAUUUGUUACUGGAUUUGAA